UCAGGUUUUAGGGACCCAAACAACUUGGACUCUUUUCUCACCUGCGGAGCUUCUUCUUUUUUUUUUUUAACCUCACAAUAUUUCCACUUCCUUCAUCCCUCGUGUGUCCAAUUCUUCUGGAUAUUUUUUUUCUUUUUUGUUGUGUUGAGUGGCGAGGUCGUUUUUUUUUUUUGUUUUUUUUUCCAGCUCCGGGACGUGAUGUAGCCCCCGCACAAGAAGGACGCCUCGUGCCAUAAAGGGAUGUAAAGAAAGGGGGGGGUACCUACAACAGUGCCGUGGAUACACCGCGAGGAAGCUGCUGUUUACUGCGCGCAACAUCACCAGGACACUCGGGAUUGUGGACGCACGGCAGAUUAAACGAGAGUCCAUUUUACAUUUAACGAGGAUAUUGAACUAUUUGGAUUCUCUCUCCUCCAUGCAUUGCGCGUGAAGCGGUGUCCAACGCCUGCAAGAGACUUUACAGUGAAUGUAUCGCUUUUACUUUGAAUGGAAGGACGUGAGCGGUUAUCUCCACUGCACCAGUGAUUUCUAAAUCCGCGGAAACAGAAGAUGGUUUUAUUAUCUGGCAUGUGAAAUGCAGGACUUGUGAAAAGACUCAAACUCCUUCUUCAAUCAAGAUUCUGGACUGCAUCCAGGUUCUGAGCAGCAGGACUUGUGUCCUUGUGUUGAACGUGGCACAGUGGAGGGAGCCGUGCCAUAAAGGUGGAACCCCAAUUCCGGCAUUUGCCAGCUAAAGACUGACCUAAACCGGGACCUUCAGCAGCGGGCGGUAAGAGGAGGAGGAGGCCAUGUGGACCGCACGCCUGCUUGUCCUCGCCAGCCUCUUUGCACCAGCCGCUCUGGCCUUCAGUCGAGCACCCAUCCCCAUGGCGGUUGUGAGGAGGGAGCUGUCAUGCGAGAGCUACCCCAUCGAGCUGCGCUGCCCAGGCACCGACGUCAUCAUGAUAGAGAGCGCCAACUACGGCCGCACCGAUGACAAGAUCUGCGACGCGGACCCGGCGCAGAUGGAGAACACGCGGUGUUACCUGCCAGAUGCGUACAAGAUCAUGUCACAAAGAUGUAAUAACCGGACCCAGUGUGCCGUCGUGGCCGGACCAGAUGUAUUUCCUGACCCCUGCCCGGGAACCUACAAAUAUCUGGAGGUCCAAUAUGAAUGUGUGCCCUACAAAGUGGAACAAAAAGUAUUCCUGUGCCCAGGGCUUCUGCGCAGGGUGUACCAGAGCGAGCACCUCUUUGAAUCCGACCACCAGUCAGGAGCCUGGUGCAAAGACCCUCUCCAAGCGUCUGAUAAGAUUUACUACAUGCCCUGGACACCCUAUCGUACCGACACGUUGACCGAAUACUCCUCCAAAGAAGACUUCAUCGCUGGAAGACCGACGACGACCUACAAACUCCCACAUCGUGUCGACGGAACCGGUUUUGUGGUCUACGAUGGCGCGCUCUUCUUCAAUAAGGAGCGCACGCGCAACAUUGUCAAGUUUGACCUGCGGACUCGUAUCAAGAGUGGCGAAGCGAUCAUUGCCAACGCCAACUACCAUGACACUUCUCCAUACCGCUGGGGAGGGAAAUCAGACAUUGAUUUGGCCGUUGACGAAAAUGGCCUUUGGGUGAUUUAUGCUACCGAGCAGAACAACGGGCGGAUUGUGAUCAGCCAACUCAAUCCCUACACAUUACGAGUCGAGGGGACCUGGGACACCGCUUACGACAAGCGCUCAGCCUCCAAUGCCUUCAUGAUCUGUGGAAUCCUAUAUGUAGUAAAGUCAGUGUAUGAAGAUGAUGAUAAUGAGGCGACAGGGAACAAGAUUGACUACAUCUACAACACAGAGCUGAGUAAAGAUGGUUUUCUCGACAUCCCUUUUCCAAACUCCUAUCAGUACAUUGCUGCUGUGGAUUAUAAUCCCAGGGACAACCUGUUGUACGUUUGGAACAAUUACCACGUCGUGAAGUACUCGCUGGACUUUGGAGCAUUAGACAACAGGCUAGAAACAUCCUCCUCCAUAAUGGUCUACAUGGACACAACUACAAUGACAACAAGGACCACUACUCGGCCCACCACUGUUACCCUGACAACCACAACAGGCAGGACUACCACUACCAGGAUGCCAGCUUCUACAACUGCAAUGGCCCCACGGACGACCACCACAGUGGCGAACCCUGUCCAGACGGUGGUGGAGGGUUUGGCUCCAGAAGAUGAUGAUGAGGGUGGACCGCCUUCCUCCAAGCUUCCCAACAUCAGGGUGGAGUACUGCAACCCAUUGGUGAUGAUGGACAUCUCCUGGCCCAAGACCAAGCCGGGGACUGUAACCAAGAUGCCAUGUCCACCUGGAACCAUAG